CCCCGCUGUACGAACACAAGUCUUUUGGUCAAAUUAAAGAAAAAGAAAAAGUAAGGUCUCUUCUCCAAGUCUUUCAAAUUCCGAGACGAGAAUUUGAUUCGACACUGCAGCCCGUAACCAUACGAAGACGCUGAAGCUCAAGAUGGGCUUACUGGGUCUUGUUGGAUUUGCGCUCCAAUGCUUUGAUGUUCUUGCAUGGCCUCUCUUUGCUCUGGUCUAUCCUCUGUAUUCUUCCAUAAAAGCAAUCGAGACAAAUUCCAUUACAGAUACUCACAAGAUAAAUACGUAUUGGGUCGUCUUCUCAUUGAUCUUGCUAUUUGAGCAUGCUUUUAUGAAGCUCCUUGAAUGGUUCCUGCUAUGGCCAUACAUUAGGCUACUGAUUGUCUUCUUUUUGGUGAUGCCCCAUUUUGAUGGUGCCUUAUAUGUCUAUAAACAACUUAUCUGUCCAUGCCUCUCCAUGGAUCCCCAAAUUGUUAUCAACUCGUUCAACAAGCGGAAGGAGUCCUUUGUGAGAGAUAACUUUCUCUCUGAGGUGGAGAGAUAUGUAAAGGAAAAUGGACCUGAAAGUUUGGAAAAUUUUAUUCCUUGCAAGUCAAUAAGGACAAAUCUCGAUGUAAAAGAGUUCAAUGCAGUUUCAUCCAUGGAUAAUGAAGCGUCAAAAUCCUUAAAGCCAAAUGGUCGACAGAAUGAUAUCAAAGCUGUGCAGGUAACGGCGAAAAAGAAGGAAACAACUGCUACUCAAGUUAGUCAGGCAGAGCCUAAUCUCACUGUGAAUGAAGAUGGAUUUUCUUCUAGGAAGAUGAAUGAAAAAGUCAUCGAAGUUGCAGCCGACAGGGAAAUUCUGAAGACUCCGCCUCCAAUGAAAGUCCAGAAGGAGUGGACCACAGUCAAUCUGCUGCAAACUCAAACUGAUGCAACUUUGAAUUCCCCUCUCGGUGAUAAUAAACACAAGGCUACAUACGAGGCACUGAACAUAAAGAAUGAGGCAGAGCCUAAGCUCACUUGCCCUGAAAACCGUACUGUUGUAGGUAUAGAAGAUCCAGAGUCUCCUAAAGAAGUCCAGAAAGAGUGGACUUGUGCUCUCUGUCAGGUAACUACUUCAUGUGAAAGCACUUUGAAUUCCCACCUGCAAGGGAAAAAACACAAGGCAGCACAUGAGGCACUGAAAGCAAGGAACCAGGCAUUUGUGCCCAAGAUUGCCCCAGCUUCAACUGCAAAAACAUCCAAUCAACCGAAUAAGGAGCCAGGAAACAGUAUUCCGAGCAGUGGAUCAAAACAAAAAGUUACUGAAAAUGAAAAUGUGCAAGGCCAGAAAAAUAGUAGUCCAGCUCCAAUCACAAAGAAGCACCACAAACUGAAAGAGGAGAGCGCAGACGGUGUAUCCAGCAAUGGCCAGAAGGGGAAAAUUCCUAUACACGUCGUGAAGGUACAAAGUCAACAACCAAAGCCAAAUAAAGCUCCAAGGGUGAAGAGUUCUCCUUUGUGGUGCGCAAUUUGUAGCAUGCACUGUCCUGAGAAAUCCAUGCCGUCUCAUCUCAACGGAAAAAAACACAAGGGAAAGGUGCAAGAACCACAAGAGAACCUCCUGGCCGGUUACCCUCAUCACUUCCGCCCCUCCAGUGGGGACUGGAACUGGGCACACCCACCUCCUCAGCUCUCCCACCCACAAUUUCCUUACCCCAAUUUUCCUCCCCAAAACCCCACCAAUUUAAACAUCUAUCCCCCUCAACCUUCCGCCUUUCCACAACCGCAACCGCCGCCGCCGCCGCAACCGCCAAACCCUAAUUUCCCCCUCCAACACCCUAUAGAUGUCAAUAUCUUUCCCGCCAACCACUAUGGACACUCCUCCUUUUCCAAUUACUACCCAACCCCAAGCUCUAAUUUCUCUCUGCAAGACCCUAACCCCACUCCCCACUCCACUCCACCCUUUCCUCCUCAGAGCUUCUCCCGUAACCCUAACGAGGAGUUUGACAUGGUAUAUCAUCUUAAUUGGUGAGUUUGACAUGGUAUAUCAUCUUAAUUGAAUUGCCGUCAUAGUUUAUCACUAGAAAUGCAGGUUAAAAAACUCUUGUAAUUCUGAAGACAUUUUCUUGAUCAGUUUAAAUCAUGUUCUAUGAUCUA